CGUUCGACGGCGGUUUGUAAUUGGCUGUUAGUAAGCGCGCCCCUGUCAGCUGUGCGCCACAGAAUCAGCCGUCGUCCGUCGUAGACGCGGAUUCGUGCAAAUGGCGUCGCUGCCAGUAUGAGUGAGCGUAUGCUGUCUAAUAACGCGUACGGGCCUCGUCCGGGCGCGGCGCCGCGCGGCCCAGCCUGACGGCGAGUGUGAGUGUAACGAUAUUGGUUAAGAUUCAGGGAAUAAAUAAGUCCAAAGGAAUCGUUAAAAUUGCUGUCGAAGUUGCAACGUUGUGCACGUAUCGACAACGAGUGGUGACACGCAGUGAGAAAGAGAGAGUGCCGCCGUAGAGGGAUGCAGGCCGAACUGAUGUACAGAAAACCGUUGACGAUGGCGACGCCGAGCCAGAGUUUUCAUCGUUGUGGGGCCGGGAAGAAGGAGACCGGCGGCAAGGACUCGAGGGAGACGAUACACUCUGGACACUUCAUGGUCUCCGAUUUCGAGGCGGAGGCCCAGGACGACGAGGACGAGCUGGCGGUCCCCGUGCCUGACGAGGAAGCGGCCAAGAUGGCGAUCAUCGCACCCCUCGGCUUCCUGCACGAGAAAUUCGCCAGCAGUUUCUCUAGCAAGAAGAGUCCUCAGCAGCUCAGCAUCGAGACGUCCUUGAACAAGCUGUUCCAGUGCAUGUCCCUCGCCUACAGACAGAAAUUGACAUCGCCCAAGUGGAAUCGGUUCAAAGGGAUCAGGCUGAGAUGGAAGGACAAGAUCAGGAUGAACAACGUGAUCUGGAGGUGCUGGCACAUGCAGUUUAUACUGAAGCAGAACACGUUGGUGUGCCAGUUCGCAUCCCCGUUGGAUGUUGACACUCAUAAUAAACCCGAGGCGGUGGUCUUAGAAGGCAAAUACUGGAAGCGAAAACUUGCUGCGGUUACUGCGGAGUACAAGAAAUGGCGAAUGUUCUACCGGAACAAGAUCCUUGGUUGGACGAACAAGGAUGGCACCGAGAUGAGCACGCCGUUGUUUCAGAUGGAAUCGAUGGAUGUGUUAGAUUGGGACAACGGAUUAGGAACAGCCGGGAAUUACGGAACAGGUACUGGCAACACACAUGGAGGGACCAGUGGGACUCCAGGUGGAGAGAGUAUGAUGGUUGAUGAGGAUUACAUGGAGCUUAUGACUGAUACGUUAUUCUCAACAAUCAGUUCGAAUCAACCAAUAUACUUUCCCGAUCCGAGAGAAAUUGCGCGCGGGGCUAGUCUGGCAGAUUUCAUACAGCCCAGCCUGGGCCCGCUCCAACCGAAUUUAGACGAUUUUAUGGACACUCUGGAACCGUUGCAAGAAUUCUUAAAUUCGAAAUUACCUCCGGUGCCGGAGGAAGACGAUAUGUUUCGUAACAGCACGCUGAAUUCGAGCUAUCCCGUUCUGGACUUAAUGACUCCCAUGAAUCAGAUGAACGAGCUGGCCCAAGAAUCGGUGGUGAAGAACGGGCAAGCCCCGCAGUCGGCAUUGCCUCAGAACGACCAAGCGAACACUAUACAGAAUCUUCAGUACACGGCUAAGAUAUAUACUCAGCCUGAAUCAACGAAUACCUUCAGGAACAAUAUUAACCUAAGCGAGACCUACAACGCUAUACAGCCGACCGCGUACGAGCCUGCUCCGUCAAGUCAGCAGCAGCCGGUCAGGGAAAAAAGUCGGCCAAGCAGGAUCUCAUCGAGGAACAAUCGAGUGAUACAACAGUCCCAACAACAACAGCAGCCGAGCACGUAUCAGCGGCCAGCUCAGCAGCAGAGUUCAAGCUACCAGCAAGCCUCUCAGCAACAAUCGUUCGCCAUGGAGAUCCAAGCUGUUCAGUUGACGACGGUACAGAAUCAGGUGCAGAUACCGGCGAUGAACGAUCAAUCAGUCCACGCGAAUCAAAUAUCGCCUAUCGGCGGAUCGGUACAAAACUUGGUGACGGUGCAACAGAAUUUCGGAGGAACGAAUUCCUCGGUGCCCACGCAGCACAGAACCAUCAGACCCCUGCCACCGGUUGCACCGAUGUCCACCAAGCCGUACAAGGUUGUUCAACCGCAACAGUGCUACAAGUUCUCUGGUCUGCCACAGAACUUUAAUGCGCAGCAAUGUAAAUUCAACGCCAAUAAUUUCAAGACACACCCACCGCAGCAAGUCGUGUCCGUUUCCGCGGAGCAAUCAUCGCAAUCGCCGAUACUGUUGCAGUGCAGACCCUCGGGCCUAGAUCUCAGUACGCCGAACGUGCAACCUGCAAAAUUGUUGCCGCAACCGGCCACCGCGAACUCGGAGAAGGAGGAGGUUUUCGCUGUACCCAAGUAUCAGAUGAAAGCGAGGAGUAGAUCUCGAAGUAGCUCGUCGCUAACUGCACCGAGAAUGCAUCCGCCGCCUUUAGUGUCUGCAGCGAGUGAUCCCGCUCUAAAUCUAAAUAACAAUGUAUUGCUCGCACAGUUACUCACGAAUAACACAUCUGGUAUAUACACAAUGAAUAGUCCGGCUGAUAAUAUAAUGCCGACAGUGAACCAAACAGCCACCACUAUGAAACACAUCUUACCCAUGCUUCCACCUUCAGCUUCGCCUACGCAGGUGACGACCACCCAUCAAAUCACCACGCCGAUCACUGUUCAAACGAUGCAAACCGCUACAGUCCAAGUGCAACCGCAGCAACAGGCGAUGCAACAGUCUACUUGCAGCCAGCAAAUGUUAUUAAAUACAAACACUCAAUCACACCAGCCACAAAAUAGCCCCGGUUCGCCGAAAGACAGUUCGAACGCUCACAGCCCCCAGGCGUUAAGCCUCAGCCCUUUGCACAGUCCGAUGAGUAUAGGGAGCCCGUUGUCGCCAUCCCGAGGGUAUAUAAAGGGUGAGACGGAACGGGGACAGUACAAGGAACAAAGGAGGGUUGGUCACAUCCAUGCGGAACAAAAACGCAGAUAUAAUAUUAAGAACGGUUUCGACAUGCUGCACAGUCUAAUACCGCAGCUCAGUCAGAAUCCGAACCCGAAGCUGAGCAAGGCUGUCAUGUUACAAAAGGGGGCGGAUUAUAUCAGACAACUGAGGGCGGAAAGGAAUCUACUGAAGGAGGAGAUGGAUAGCUUAAGACAUCAAAUCGAGUGCCUUAAUACGUCGAUUAGUAAUUGUCAGUCUAUGCUUCCUGCAACGGGUGCUCCGAUUUCUAGACACAGAACUAGCAAAAUGAAAGAGAUGUUCGACGAGUACGUGCGCACGCGUACGCGAGAAAAUUGGAAAUUUUGGAUUUUCAGUAUAUUGCUUGAGCCUUUGAUGAUUUCUUUCAAUGCUUCGGUGUCAACGGCGAGCAUCGAGGAUCUAUACAGAAGUACAAUAUUGUGGGUUGAGAAGCAUUGUUCACUCGUCGAUCUCAGACCAGCCGUUCUGAAUUCCCUAAGGUAUCUGUGUACUGCCACUGAUAUUCUAACAGAUCCUGGUCGCUUGCCCGAAGAAGCACUCGCAGCAGUAAAUCGCACGGAACGGCGACGAUCCACUCAGUGACCAAUACGUGAAUCCGUCGCGAAACGUAUUUGCGUACACAUUUAAGAUUUAGUCGCGUAACGAGCAGGAGAAAGUUACCGUAGUUUAAGCCAGUCUAGGGAGUAUCAGGUACGUGAAAAGAAUUCUUGAAACGGUCGUUUUUCUUUUUUACAGUAGACACUCUUAGGGUUUCCGAUUCGCCAACGAUCGUGGUUGAGCAACGGUUAAACCACUUAAGUGCAAUUUUCGCUCCCCCCGUGCCCUUAUCAAAAUUGUGAUGAAGAAAUUUGUAACGAUAUAAUUCAGAGAAAAAUGCGUGUAAAUGUAAAUGAAACAUUAAUUAAAUCAUGAACAAUGUUUCGAAGAACUAUUUCUGUAAUAUGAAUGUAUACAGACACUGUUGCGAAUU